AUGUCGCAGAAUCUUGCCGCCAAGAAACCUGACCGCCCCGAAGCCUUCAACGAGCCGAACAGUCUAGAAUCAUGCCGCGAAGAAGUCGCUACGCCCAGAAGCCAGCAAGAAGCCUACCCGGUACCACCAGGAAGCUGCAAAGAAGCUGCAACAACCAGAGCCACCCAAGAAUCCGGACCGCCAGCAACGCGAAAUCUGCAGCAGACGGGGCACCAGCCGAGGAAUCCCCAACCACUAGGAGUGAAAUUGGAAGGCAACGGAGGACGGAAAGGAACCGUGUCCAUCAACGAGGUCGACGACAACGACGUGCCAGGAGAGAACUGCUCACCGCUUUAUUCAAUAUGA